GCGAUCAUGCCUCUCACAAAGGAUCCCCUUCAUCCCUCUCCCGCAGAGGAGAAGAGAAAACACAAGAAGAAGCGCCUGGUACAGAGUCCCAAUUCUUACUUCAUGGAUGUCAAAUGCCCAGGCUGCUAUAAAAUCACCAGUCUACAGCCAUGCACAGACAGUCAUUUGUGUGUUGGCUGCUCUCCUGUCCUCUGUCAGCCUACAGGUGGGAAAGCAAGGCUUACAGAAGGAUACUCCUUCAGACACAAGCAGCACUGA